UCUCCUUCGUUGCAUUCAAAGAUAAAAAUCAAUAAGUCGCAAAAUGGCAAUCCGUUGAUUCAAACCAUUAAAUCUAAAAAUGUUCCAUUUGAGUUUACAUCGUUGAUUCAAUCAGAUUAUUUGAUCAAUAGCCAGACGUUUGUGUUGUUUUUGUCUCUUCGGUACCACAAAUUACACCCUGAAUAUAUCUUUAACAGGUUGAAAAAAUUUGGAUUUGGAGCGCAAAGCUCUAGCACAAAUGUAUUGAAAAUCUUGUUGUGUGUAUUGGAUAUUGAGAAUUCCGGGAAUACACAUUACUGGGAGAUAUUGAAGAGCCUAUUGAAGGUGUGCAUAUUCAAUGAUUUUACAUUAAUUUUAACGUGGUCAUUUGAGGAAGCAGGCAAUUAUAUUUGUGUUUUGAAAAACUUAUCGGCGGUUAGUGGUAAUAAGGGCAGUAGUAAUAAGAAAUUGGGAAUAAGUAUCAAGGGAGAAUUAAAGGAGGAUUAUUAUUCUCGGCUAUUGAAUUGUUUAACGUCGAUUAAAGGAAUCAAUAAGAGUGAUGUUUCAAGGAUUGUGUCAUCGAACAGUGGCAUUAAGAAUUUUAAAGAGUUGGUGAAAGAUAAUGGGAAUGAAUUGGAGAAUAUAAAUGGAUGGGGUCCAAAAAAGAUAAGUAGAUUUAAGUAUGUUGUAAAUGAGCCAUUCAUUUUCAAUUAUGAUUAU